ACAACGGCUUUAUUACCAAUCACAGUGACUAGAUCCCACAUGUCAUCUUCAGCUCCUCUUGGAUUCUCAACACUAUCACCUCUGACCUCCCCCACUUGUUUGGUUCUUCUUUCUCUCAUCUUCAACUCCUCUUGGAUUCUCUCUCUAUCCCAACCCUCACUCCACUCUCUCUCUCUCCUCUGUCUGAAAAUAUAAUCUCUAAAUGUUAACCCUAUUCUUUUCUCUCCUCAAAAACCACCAAAUCACCACCCUCUCAUCCACCAUUCUAAUCCUCUACCUCUGUUUCCCAACCCCUUUAACCGCCACUGACGGCGGCGACGACACCACCGAGUUUGAUUUUGGUACACUAACACUCACUAGCUUAAAACUCCUCGGCGACGCCCAUUUAAACAAUGGAAGCGUCCGCCUCACCCGUGAUCUCCCAGUCCCUAACUCCGGCGCUGGGAGAGUAUUUUACUCCCAUCCGGUAAAGUUCCGGCAAACCGGGACUAAUUUUCCGGUGAGCUUCACUACCUACUUCUCCUUUACCAUCACAAACCUCAACCCCUCCUCCAUCGGUGGCGGCCUUGCCUUCCUAAUCUCCCCUGACGCCGCCGCCAGUGGUGGUGCUGGCGGGUUCCUUGGUCUUAGUCAGGGUUCGAAUCCAGGGUUCGUGGCGGUUGAAUUCGAUACACUUAUGGAUGUCGAAUUCAAAGACAUUAAUGGAAACCAUGUGGGUUUAGAUCUAGGGUCAAUGGUAUCAUCUCAUGUAAGUGAUUUAGAUUCAAUUAAUAUUGAUUUAAAGAGUGGUGAUGUUAUUAAUACUUGGAUUGAGUAUUCUGGAUUAACCCAGAUUUUUAGUAUCUCUAUUUCUUACUCCAAUGUAAAACCAAAACAAUCUUUGCUUUCGUUUAGCUUUGUAUUGGAUGAUUUUGUUGGUGACGAAAUGUUUGUGGGAUUCAGUGGGUCAACUCAGGGGAGCACCGAGACUCACAGUGUUGAUUGGUGGAGCUUCACCUCGUCUUUCGAGUCGUCGUCGCCUGAACCUGAACCUGAACCUGAACCGUCUCCUCCUUCCAAUGUCCUGCCUCCGCCAACUCCACCAUUUGGAACAGCGACGGUGGCAGUCCAUGCUCCUCCGCCGUCGAUUGCGCCAUCGCGAUCGAAAUCAAUGGUAUCAACAAAUGGCACAAGCAGGUCCUGUGGUAAUGAGCUGUGUAAGCAUAACCCAGUUGCGGUGGCCGGGGUUGUGACAGCAAGUGCAUUUUUGUUGGCUAUAUUAGGAGGGGUUUUAUUCUGGUUAUUCUCGAAAAAAACGAAGCUGAAAUUACCUAGGAGUUCGGGAGGUUGUUCUUUAACUGCGGAUAUCAUUAAAAUGCCCAAAGAAUUCAGCUACAAGGAGCUUAAAAUCGCCACAAAAGGGUUCGAUCCCGGGCGGAUCAUCGGACAUGGCGCCUUUGGUACUGUUUACAAAGGGAUAUUGGCAGAAACAGGGCUUGUUGUGGCGGUUAAAAGAUGUAGUCAUAAAAAUGGAGGGCAAGGGAAGAAUGAAUUCUUAUCGGAGUUAUCAAUAAUUGGAACACUUAGGCAUAGGAAUUUAGUUAGGCUUCAAGGAUGGUGUCAUGAGAAGGAAGAAAUAUUAUUAGUGUAUGAUUUAAUGCCUAAUGGGAGCUUAGAUAAAGCAUUAUUUGAGUCAAGAAUGGUAUUAUCUUGGGCACAUAGAAGGAAAAUUUUACAUGGAGUAGCAUCAGCUUUAGCUUAUUUACAUGAAGAAUGUGAGAAUUUGGUAGUACAUAGGGAUGUGAAAACAAGUAAUAUUAUGUUAGAUGAAGCAUUUAACGCUAGGUUAGGUGAUUUCGGGUUAGCCCGACAAAUGGAGCACGAUAAGUCCCCGGACGCCACGGUGGCGGCUGGUACAAUGGGGUAUUUAGCCCCAGAGUAUCUCCUAACAGGUCGAGCCACCGAUAAAACGGAUGUGUUUAGCUACGGGGCGGUGGCUCUAGAGGUGGCGAGUGGACGGAGACCAAUAGAGAAAGAAAAGAAUGGGAUAAAAGGGAUUGGGAAUUUGGUAGAAUGGGUGUGGGGAUUGCAUACAGAAGGAAGAUUGUUAGAGGGUGUUGAUGAAAGGUUGAAUGGAGAGUAUGAUGAAAUGGAAAUGAGGAGAGUGUUGUUUGUUGGAUUAGCAUGUUCUCAUCCUGAUCCAAAUGAACGGCCUACAAUGAGAUGUGUGGUGCAAAUGUUGGUUGGUGAAACAGAAGUUCCAAUUGUCCCAAGAACUAAACCUUCAAUGAGUUUCACUACUUCUCAGCUUCUUUUGAGUUUGCAAGAUAGUGUUUCUGAUUGUAAUGCUAUGCUUACAUUGUCAACUUCUUCCUCUUCAUCGGAGCGCAACUUAUUCCUACCCGGCCGUGGAACUGCCGAAGCUGGUGGUGCCGCCGAUGAGCUAGUCUAAAGGAAUCACUUAAUAUGUACAUAUACUGCACCGACGUGUGAUGUGCAAGCGCCGGAGGGCCCGAGAAAUUAGACAUUGCGUACCGCAUCCAUAUGGAUGGGAAUUUUGUUACUGUUUAUAUAAUUAUAGGUUUUUAGGUUUAAUUUGUUUCAUUUGAUUAUUGUUAUUAUUAUUAUUAUUAUUAUUAUUA